CUACCUCUCUCUCUCUACCUCUCUCUCUCCCUGUAGGAGUCUAUGGAAACACUUCAGAGGUGUCAGUAUGUGUCUGGUCCUGCUGGUGUUGCCAGGAUACAUGGCAUAUAAAAUCUCCCAGUUCUUCCACAUGGACUUCUGGCUCCUCAUCCUGGUCUCCAGCUGCAUGCUCACCUCUCUGCAGGUGACAGGAACCUUGCUGAUCUACUCCCUCUUCAUGGUUGAGCUGUCCUGUCGUGACCCUAUCGACAGCCUGGAUGAGAUCAUCUAUUGGGUCAAUGCAGUCUGCCGCGUGCUGGAGUUCGUUGUGGCUCUCUGCGUGGUGGCCUACGGGACCUGGGAAUCUCUGUUUGGGGAGUGGAGCUGGAUGGGCGCCUCAAUCAUCAUCAUACACUGCUACUUCAACGUGUGGCUCAGAGCCCAGACCGGCUGGAGGAGCUUCCUGCUUAGACAGGAAGCAGCCAAGAAGAUCAACUCCCUCCCCCGGGCCACGGCCAAUCAGCUGCAGCAACACAACGACGUUUGUGCCAUUUGCUUCCAGGAAAUGAGCUCAGCCGUGCGGACGUACUGCGGACAUUUCUUCCAUGGAAACUGCCUUCGUAAGUGGCUCUACGUCCAGGAGACUUGCCCCAUGUGUCACCAGGCCGUCCGCCCCACCCCGCCAGCCCCAGCCCACACGGCAGGAGACUUCCAGGCUGCUCCUCUGCCCUCUAGAGGUACUGGGCCAGGCCGGGUAGAGGAGAGGGGACGCUCCAGAGAUCAGACUCCGGUCAGGGACGCCACACACCAGCCCCCAGCUAACCUGCCGUCCCCAGGCUCCCCAGAUCAGCAGGAAGGGACAGAGAGCCUGGGAGAGGGAACCAGUGGUUCAGAUAGAGAGGACAGACCGGGACGCCCACUUAGGAAGCCUGUCCAGGAUCUCCACUUCAGCUCCACUGGGGACUUUGUAGGCUUCGUCAGCCCACGCUCUUCUGGGGGUAGUCCUCGUCCAGGGAAGCAGAACCUGGAGCCUUGGGAUGGAGCUCAUCCUACCAACAGGUACAACGGUGAAGGGGUUGACUACACGAUCAAAGGACUAUUGGUGCAAUCUGCUCCCAAAGAGCAGAAUGGCAGAGUAUUGACUAGAGUGAAUGGGGCUAGAGAGAACUGCCAGACUGAGAACCACCUUGUAGGAGAAAACCAAUGUGAACCUAUGUCAGGGACAACAACCAGAAAGACCUCAAGGUCUAAGAGUGUGAGCGGGAUAGGAGACGUCACCCAACAGAACCGUGAACACAGGGGACGACCACGGUCACACACUCUAGAUGGUGGACAUGCACAGCAGGAUGAAAGCCAAUCAGAACUGGACACGCCUUGGGAUGUUAAAUCUACCCGGCGACAGAGAUCUAGGCUACGCAGUAGUUCUACUAACACCAGAACAGAGGAGGAGGGACUCCAUUACAACAGAACAGAGGAGGAGGGACUCCGUCACAACAGAACAGAGGAGGAGGGACUCCGUCACAACAGAACAGAGGGACUCCGUCACAACAGAACAGAGGAGGAGGGACUCCGUCACAACAGAACAGAGGAGGAGGGACUCCAUCACAACGGAACAGAGGAGGAGGGACUCCGUCACAACAGAACAGAGGAGGAGGGACUCCGUCACAACAGAACAGAGGAGGAGGGACUCCGUCACAACAGAACAGAGGAGGAGGGACUCCGUCACAACAGAACAGAGGAGGAGGGACUCCGUCACAACAGAACAGAGGAGGAGGGACUCCGUCACAACAGAACAGAGGAGGAGGGACUCCGUCACAACAGAACAGAGGAGGAGGGACUCCGUCACAACAGAACAGAGGAGGAGGGACUCCGUCACAACAGAACAGAGGAGGAGGGACUCCGUCACAACAGAACAGAGGAGGAGGGACUCCGUCACAACAGAACAGAGGAGGAGGGACUCCGUCACAACAGAACAGAGGAGGAGGGACUCCGUCACAACAGAACAGAGGAGGAGGGACUCCGUCACAACAGAACAGAGGAGGAGGGACUCCGUCACAACAGUACCUUGGUGAAGUCCACUGAAAAUCCCCACAAUGCCUUCUUUCUGUGAAACAACGUUGGAAAACUAAUGUCCUACCUUUCCGCUGGCAGUCUGAUAAUACAUGUGUUUAUUUAGGUAUUUAAUUAAUGGUGUGUGUACUGGAUUGGAUUUAGGGGCAAACAUGUAAAACCCAAGAUAAGAAAUGAUAUCUAUGAAAUGCACAAUUAUAGAUGAAGGCUGGGCGGUAUACUGUAUGGGUCAAUGAUGAAUAAGAUUUUCAAAAAUUAAGCGGAAAAAUAUUAAUUUUGAAACACUUUUGUAUGUUCCCUAUGCAUAUUCAGUGUUUGUCGCCCCAAAAAAGUUUCACAUUUUGUCUGUUAAAAUUUACCUCCU